AUGCACGCUGCACAGACCCUUCCCCUGCCGUCAGACAGCGCUGCCCUGGCAUUGCCCACUUUGUCCCCUCCGGUGUCACAGGGCAGCAAGGGGGUCAAAUGCAUCAAAUGCAUCAAACGGGAAACUCGUGCAGAAGGAGCCGCAGCUUUCAGAGCUGUGCGCACCUCUGCACUCCGAGCACAACAACCGCGGGGCUGCGCGGGCAUUGCAAAGCCUCCCUUCGUGCACACGUGCAGCACACAGGGCGCACGACGAUGCACACACACGCACACGCUCCGCAGGGCUGCACGCACGGAACGCAAACACGGCACGGAACCACAGCUCCCAGCAGGCAGCGCCCGCGGAACAGACCGCCAGCAGAGGGCCCGCCCCCCCCCCCCCGGGGACGCUGCCUUUCCAUUGGUCAAAGAGCUGCCAAUCGUCACGAGGACAGCGUCGGAUUGGCCAGCUGGGAGAAGGGAUGGAGGGUGGGCUUCCUGUGGCCGCCUUUGCGCUGACCCCAGCAUGGCGGUGAUGGGGGUGCAGGUGGUGGUGAGCCUGCUGGCAGCGAGCAUCAUGCAGAAGUUGGCCCCGCACUGCUCUUUCGCUCGCUGGCUGCUCUGCAAUGGCAGCCUGCACCGCUACAAGCACCCAUCAGAAGAGGAGCUCCGUGCCUUGGCAGGGAAGCAGCGCCCCAAGACCAAGCGGGACAGGAGGAUGAAUGGUGUGACAGAUGACAAGCCGCUCUCAGUGCCCCGUGACAUCGACCUGCACCUGGACACCUCCCCCAUCACCGCCGUGGAUGCUCUCGUGCUGCGCUAUUUCCUGGAGUACCAAUGGUUCGUGGACUUUGCCGUCUACGCCACUGCUGUGUACGUCUUCACCGAGGGCUACAGCUGCGUGGUGGAGCCACAGAGGGAGAUGAACCUCGGGGUGCUCUGGUGCCUGCUCACCGUCUUCUUCUCCAUAAAGGUCUUCUUCAUGGUGAUGCGCCAUUACUUCCGCUCAGAGGAGGGCGGCGAGCGCUCCGUCUGCCUCACCUUCGCCUUCUUCUUCGUCCUCCUGGCCAUGGUGGUCCUGGUGGUCCGCGAGGACUAUCUGGAGUUCGGCCUGGAGCCCGGGCUGGACAGUGUCAGCAGCAACCUGGAGAGCAUCCUGAAGCCACGGGGGUGGGACUGGACGCUGCCCCUCGCCAAGCUGGCCUUCAAGCUGGGGCUGGUGGCCCUCUGCUCCUUCCUCGGUGCCUGCCUGACCUUCCCGGGGCUGCGCCUGGCCCAGACGCAUCUCGAUGCCCUCCGGAUGGCAGCCGACAGACCUCUGGCCCAGGUUCUGCUCCAUGUGAGUUUCCUGGCUCCGGUACUGGUGGUGGUGAUGUGGAUCAGGCCCAUCUCACGGGACUUCCUGCUGCACGCGCCCAUGGGCAAACAGACGGUGCAGAUCCUGUCGGACUCAGCCUACAACACGGCGCGGCUCUGGGCCGUGGUGGGGCUGUGUGGGCUGCGCCUGGCGGCCACCCGUCCCCACCUGCAGGCUUACCUGUGCCUGGCCGAGCGCUGGGUGCAGCAGAUGCGGAAGGAAGCGGGACGCAUCGCCGCCGUGGAAAUCCAGCGCAAGAUCACGAGGAUUUACUGCUACGUGCCCGUGGUCAGCCUGCAGUACCUGGGGCCCAUCAUCCUCACCCUGCACUGCGCGCUGCUGCUCAAGACGUUGGGGCACCACUCGUGGGGGCUGUACCCGGAGUCCCCUUCCGUCCCCAUGGCGGUGGCCAUGACAGCUUCGCAUCCUGGUGGUGAGGAUGGAGAGGACGUGCGUGUGGCAGUGGAGCAGAUCACGGGCGUGCUGGGCGGCAUCCUCACCCCGCUCUUCUUCCGUGGACUCUUUGCCUUCCUCACCUGGUGGGUGGCCGCGUGCCAGGUCGUCACCAGCCUCUUCGGCCUCUACUUCCACCAGCACCUGGCCGUGUCCUGACUGGGGGAGCUGGGAGCCGUGCUCGUGUCCCAUGCCUGUGGGGUGUUUGUCUUCGUCACCUCACUCCCACCUCGGUUGGUUUCCCUGCUUCCAUGUGCCUUUGGGACAUGGGGACGCUCCUGCAGCCGGCUCUUGGCAGGAUGGGUUUUAUGCAUGGGGGUGCAGCAGUGCAUUGCCUCUCCCCUUCUGCCAGCCAUCACCGCUGUGCCUGUCCCCAUUGCUCCGGCCCCAUGCAGUGACAUUAGAGCCAGGUUCCCACAGUGGGGUUUGCUGCUGCCGGCUCCAAACCAUUGCCCAAAGCUCUGCUGCCAGCAGGGAUCCCAGCAGGGACUGUCACAGUGCGGUGGGUUUGGGGCAGCAGCCUCAUUUCCCGGAACAGACUUUGGGGUUUGCUCUGCGUAGUUUGCCUCCCCUGGCUGACUGUGUGUGUCUUUAUAGGGUCUCUGCUCCUCCCAGUGAGGUCAGAGCUCUUGGGGUGGUCCCCUCUGCUUGGUGUGAAAUCCUUCGGACCAGCAACUUUGGCUGUUGGCUGUUUUAGAAAUAAAUAACCCAGAGCUCGUUUGAUCA